CAUCCAGGCUUCAAUUCCCUUUUCCCCUCUUCCCCAACUCCCUUGCUAGGUUUCCUUCCAGUGAGCCCUUCUUGCUGCCCUUCAGCUCCUCACCUCAUCUUCCUGGUGUCUAGUGACAACACAACUUGUUGCUGACACCUUCAGUCUCUUGACCUGCUAGAUCAGCUCAACCUUUCCUUGGAACUCCAACCUUCGUCUCUGAAACUUCAGGUUUCAAAGGAGAGGUUCUGCCAAAAUUUCCUGUUCUGAACAUCAGUUUUCCAGGGGGAGGGGAGGCUCUGCCAAAAAUUCCUGUACUGGACAUCAGUUUUCAAGGGGAGGUUCUGCCAAAAUUUCCUUCACUGACCCUCAGUUUUCAAGGGGAGGUUCUGCCAAAAUUUCUUGAGCAACAACUUACCCUUUCUUGACAUACAUACAUAUAUAUACAUACAGCAAAUAUAAAUUUUACAAGGUAAUUAAAGAAGAGUACUUUGUCCCUUAUUCUUGAUGAUUGAUUAGGAGAGGCCGCAACAUCCGUGUAGAUGUUGUUGCUCGUCCUGUCCGAACACCUUCUCCCCGGAUUUAUGAUCGGUUCUGCCAUCACCCGCCUGGUGCAGUCCUUCUCUGUUGUCUUCCUUUAUUGGUUCUACGUCUUCUCAGUAGGCUCCUUGUAGCUAGUUGUAGUUCUCGCAAUUAAUUAAGCCUUCUCUAUACAACAUAAUUAAGGUAGUAACCAAGAAGUAUAUCUGACAAAUAAGAGUAAGUGAAAUUGUUGAGGGUACACAAGAGUUGUCCAGAGAUGACCAUGUCGAGUGGGACCUCGUUCGGGUCGAGCCAUGGGAUCCGGAGUUCCAGGUCGGAGGAUGACUUGGACCUCCAGGCCCAGAUGGAGAGAAGGAGGAAGCGGAGGAAGGACUCGAACCGGGAGUCAGCUCGGCGGUCUAGGCUGCGGAAGCAACAGCAACUGGACGACCUCACCUUGCAGGUAAAGCAGCUGAAGGACCAGCACAAGCAACUCAGCAUGGCAAUGAGCAUAACCAGCCAAAACCUUGGGGCAGUGCAAGCACAAAACUCUGUGCUGCAAACACAGAAGAUGGAGCUGGAGAGCAGGCUGUGUGCCCUAACUGAGAUCCUCUUGUACAUGAAUUCCAGCACCAGUGCUCCUACAAACCCAGCCACCAUGAACAGCCUCACAACUACCAGCGGUGCCUGUGACAGUCUUGGUGCCAGCACAUGGAGCCAGCCCAUAGACCUGUACUACCAGUGCUUCUAGUUCCAGCAGAGAGGACAGGUUGUUGUAGUACUUGUGAUCUGUAGUGGUAGGGCCAGAAGGAAAGGAGGCCGGCAGGAAUCAACUUCUGGUUCUGUCAUGUGGGGCCUUUGUGUCACCAUCUCUUAAUAGUUUAUAUGUUCUAGAGGGAUUGAGAUGGUUUGGCUUUCUUGUUGUUGGUAGUGGAGGGGAUGCGCAUAUUGCAAAUUUGUGUGCAUUGUGUGAAGUGGAGUUGUUCUGGUUGUCUCCAUCUUAAAAACAUCUAUUGAUUAUUUAAUCAAUGGGCCGGUUCGUGAAAGAGAGAGGCAAAGAGAAUUUUGUACUGGCUGGGGAUAUUCGUAAUGAUGAUGAUAAUGUUUAUUAAGAUGGA